CAAGUAUACACUCCUUGCAGUUUAUCAUUUACAAUUUGAUCCUAUCGACUUCAAUAUGUUCUCCAAAAUUGUUGCCCUUUGCGCCUUCGCGGCUGUAGCCCAGGCCGGUCUCCUGGCGGAGCCGCACUACUCCUCGGCCGCCGCCGUCUCCUCGCAGAGCAUCGUGCGCCACGACCAGCCCCAGCUCGCCCACAAGCUGGUCGCUGCCCCCGUCGCCUACCACGCCGCUCCCGCUCACGUUGAAUACCAUUCCGCCCCCGCCCCCGUCACCUACCACGCCGCUCCCGCUCAUGUUGAAUACCACUCCGCCCCCGCCCCCGUCACCUACCACGCCGCCCCCGCUCCCAUCGCCUACCACUCUGCUCCUGGCGCUGUCCACUAUGCCGCUCCUGUUGCUAAAGUUGUUGCCCACCACGAGGAAGAAAUCGCUCACCCUAAAUACGAGUACACUUACUCCGUGGCUGACGGACACACCGGCGACAACAAGUCCCAGCAGGAGAGCCGCGACGGAGAUGUCGUGAAGGGCUCCUACUCUUUCCACGAGGCUGACGGCUCCAUCCGCACCGUGGAGUACACCGCCGACGACCACAGCGGCUUCAACGCCGUGGUGCACAACACCGCCCCCAAGGCCGCUCCCGUCGUGCUCAAGGCCGCGCCGGUCUACGCCGCUCCUACUUACUACCAUCAUUUGGUGGUAGUAGACGGGCGAGGUCUUGAGGACGACGGGAGCAGCCUUGAGCACGGCGGGCGCGGGCGUGGGGGCGGUGUUGUGCACCACGGCGUUGAAGCCGCUGUGGUCGUCGGCGGUGUACUCCACGGUACGGAUGGAGCCGUCAGCCUCGUGGAAAGAGUAGGAGCCCUUCACGACAUCUCCGUCGCGGCUCUCCUGCUGGGACUUGUUGUCGCCGGUGUGUCCGUCAGCCACGGAACUUCAGACGUGAGAGCUAAAUCAACAAUGUUUUCCAAAAUCGUAGCCUUGUGCGCCUUUGCGGUUGUAGCCCAGGCCGGUCUCCUGGUGGAACCGCACUACUCCUCGGCCGCCGCCGUCUCCUCGCAGAGCAUCGUGCGCCACGACCAGCCCCAGCUCGCCCACAAGCUGGUCGCUGCCCCCGUCGCCUACCACGCCGCUCCCGCUCAUGUUGAAUACCACUCCGCCCCCGCCCCCGUCACCUAUCACGCCGCCCCCGCUCCCAUCGCCUACCACGCUGCUCCUGCCGCUGUCCACUAUGCCGCUCCAGUUGCUAAAGUUGUUGCCCACCACGAGGAAGAAAUCGCUCACCCUAAGUACGAGUACACUUACUCCGUGGCUGACGGCCACACCGGCGACAACAAGUCCCAGCAGGAGAGCCGCGACGGAGAUGUCGUGAAGGGCUCCUACUCUUUCCACGAGGCUGACGGCUCCAUCCGCACCGUGGAGUACACCGCCGACGACCACAGCGGCUUCAACGCCGUGGUGCACAACACCGCCCCCACGCCCGCGCCCGCUGUCCUCAAGGCCGCUCCCGUCGUGGUCAAGGCCGCGCCUGUCUACUCCGCGCCCACCUAUUACCACCACUUAUAUAAACUAGAUUACGAGGUGUCAUAUGCAUCAUUCUCAUUUGUGAUACAAGCAAACAUGUUCUCCAAAAUCGUAGCCCUUUGCGCCUUCGCGGCCGUAGCACAGGCCGGUCUCCUGGUGGAGCCGCACUACUCCUCGGCCGCCGCCGUCUCCUCGCAGAGCAUCGUGCGCCACGACCAGCCCCAGCUCGCCCACAAACUGGUCGCUGCCCCCGUCGCCUACCACGCCGCUCCCGCUCACGUCGCCUACCACGCUGCCCCCGCCCCCGUCGCCUACCAUGCCGCCCCCGCUGCCGUCACCUACCAUGCCGCUCCCGCUCCCGUUGCCUACCACGCCGCCCCUGCUGCCGUCCACUACGCCGCUCCCAUCGCUAAGGUCGUCGCUCACGAAGAAAUUGCUCACCCCCAAUACGAGUACUCUUACUCCGUUGCUGACGGUCACUCCGGCGACAACAAGUCCCAGCACGAGACCCGCGACGGCGAUGUCGUGAAGGGCUCUUACUCCCUGAAGGAGGCUGAUGGCUCCAUCCGCACCGUCGAGUACACCGCUGACGCUCACAACGGCUUCAACGCCGUGGUGCACAACACCGCCCCCACCCACGCCCCCGUCGUGGUCAAGGCCGCCCCCGUCGUCUACUCCGCCCCGACUUACUACCAUCACUAAAUAAUUUUUACCAAAAAACGAUUUAAUGAUGACUAGUUAAUUUAUUCCAAAUACACAUUUAAGAACA